GUACACGUCCAAAACCUUUUGGAAGCCGUCUUCCGCCGCUCAUCUCCUGUACAUUUUUCCCAGUCAAGAACAAAAAUAAAUAAAUAAUUCAACCUUUUACAGAAAAACCAAAGGAAAUUAACCGCAUUAUCCCAGAAAUCGAAUCCCAAAUCACUUGCUCAUAGGUAAUUUCUUGUGUUUACUUUGUUUUAUUGAUUGAUUAUUAUCAUAUUCCAUGUGGGUUUCAUCCAUAAGAUCAGUUUCUGGAAAAAAAUUAUGCAAAAACUCUUUAUUUAUUCAUCAAAACCGUCAAAAAUCUGCUUAUGCUUCUGCCCAAUUGAGUUCUUGGUUAACUGAUUCUAGUUCUGAUGAGCAAUCAGUUCCAUUUCCUAGCCGUAGUGGUAGUUGUAGUAGUAGUAGUAGUAGUAGUAGUUGUGAUACAGAGCAGCAAUUGCAUGAAUUAGAUACCAACAAAGUUGUUGAAACCUUGAAGAGUUUGAGAAAUGAUCCAAAACAGGCAUAUUCGUUCUUUUUCGAUGUAAAGGAACUAGGGUUUCGACACAAUGUCGAAACGUGUAUGUCCAUUACUCGAAUUCUUUGCAAUUGGGGCUCCUCUAGAUUGUUGGAAGGUUUAUUGUUGUUGGUUAUUAGGUCAAACAAGGAAGAAUUAGGUUUUGGCAUUACUGAGUUGAUGGAAGUUGUUUUUGAUUUACCUGAAUUUGAGGGGAAGUAUUAUAAAGUAGUUGAUGCUUUGUUGAAGGCUUAUGUUAGUUUAGGUAUGUUUGAAGAGUCGAUCGAUGUUUUGUUUCAAACGAAAAGACAGGGUUUGAUGCCUUGUAUAUCCUCUUGUAAUUACCUGAUAAAUCGCUUGAUUGAGAAAGGUAAGCUGGACAUGGCUGAAGCUAUAUACCAACAUUUUGAGAGGAUGGGUUUGAACCCUAAUUUAUAUACUUAUAACCUUAUGAUUAAGGUGUUCUGUAAAAAGGGUAAUUUAGAGAAGGCGGGGGGUGUUUUUACGGAGAUGGAGGAAGCUGGCGUCAAAGCGAAUGAAUAUACUUGUGGCACGUUUGUUGAAGGACUUUGUUCGCUUCAAAAAUCAGAUAUGGCUUAUGAAAUUCUGAAACAGUUGAGAGAAAGUAAUAUUCCUGUUGAUAGUUUUAGUUAUGGUGUGUUGGUUCAUGGCUUCUGCAACGAGAAUAAAUUGAGUGAAGCUGAGACUGUUUUGAUUGACAUUGAGAACCAAGGGUUGACACCUAGUGAAUUUGGUUUUCGUGCUUUGAUUCAAGGAUAUUGUAAGAGAGGAGAUAUUCAAAAAGCAUUGUCUCUUGAAAGUGAAAUGAUGUCAAAAGGUGUGAAAACAAAUUGUUCCAUUGUGAGUUCCAUUCUUCAAUGCAUGUGUUCUAGGGGAUCGUUUACAGAAGUUCUCAGUCAAUUUGAAACAUACAGGGAAAUGGGUGUUUUUCUUGACGAAAUUUGUUAUAACGUUGUGAUCGAUGCUAUGUGUAAGUUGGGUAGAGGGGAAGAAGCUUUGGAGGUGCUUGAACAGAUGAAGAUCAAAAACUUAGUCCCGGAUCUGAUUCACUACUCCACUCUAAUCAAUGGCAAAUGUCUUGAGGGAAAACUUGGUGAUGCCUGUAAUGUUUUGAAGGAAAUGAAUUGUAACGGUAUUGAGCCUGAUGUCGUUACUUACAGUAUACUUGUAGGUGGUUUUGCGAGAAAGGGGCUUGUUGAAAAAGCUUUUCUUUUUCCCAGCUAUAUGAAAAAACAAGGUUUCACACCUGAUAGUUCUACGCAUAAUAAAAUCAUAGAAGGACUCUGUUUAGGAGGGAAGGUUAGAGAAGCUGAAAAGUAUUUAAACAGUUUGGAGGAGAAGAGUUUGGACAAUUACUCUGCUAUGAUCAAUGGGUAUUGUGAAGCAAGAGAUCCAUUAAGGGGUUUGGGUAUUUUUGUCAAUUUGUACAAGCAAGGAAUAUUUUUGCAGAAGACGUGCUGGAAGUUGCUUAGUAGCCUUUGUAUGGAAGAUCAAGUUGAGAAUGCAUUUGAUUUGUUUGAGAGAUUGGUGGUUGUAGAAGAUUAUACUUGCAUCAAAAUGUACUCAAAGCUUAUGUCAGCAUUGUGCAAUUCAGGAGAUAUAAAAAAGGCUAGGUGGGUGUUAGACAACUGGAUAGAAAAAGGAUUGCAACCUGAUGCGAUUAUGUACAGUAUAAUGAUAAAUGGGUAUUGCAAGUCAAAUCUUAUGUUGGAGGCCUGUGACAUGUUUGGUGCUAUGAAGGGUAUCGGUAUUAUGCCAGAUGUGAUCACUUUCACAGCUUUACUAGAUGGUUGUAUAAAGUCAAGCUUGAAGAAUUCUCGUUCCCGCUCAAACAUUUAUCUAUGUGAGAAAGCCACAGAAUUUGAAUCUGAGAUGUUGGAAAUGCAGCUGAAACCUGAUGUUGCCUGUUAUACUGUGUUAAUUGACAAGCGAUGCAAGUUGAAUGAUAUCGAGGAUGCCGUUCAACUGUUCAAAGAAAUGAUAAAUGAUGGUUUGCAGCCUAAUAUUGUGACAUACUCGGUUCUCCUCUCUGGCUGUUAUAGAGUACAAGAUGUGGAAACAGCAGAGACCCUUUUGGAUUUGAUGACAACACAGGGUUUACAGCCUGAUCAGAUACCCAGAUCACUGCAGUCAAAACUGAAACAUGGUAUACUAAAAGCUAAGAAAGUACAGUUCAUGCCUUCAGCAAGCUAAUAAAUGUUUUCAGUUCCGAAAUUUAAGUCAAUGGGUUUGCCAUUUGGACCAUUGAUCUAAGGACAAUGUGUAUGGGAAAAUAUUACCAUCUAAGAUGUAUUUAUGGCCUAUCCGUGGCCUAAGAUGGGUCAACUGACUACCUAAUUAUUUCACUCAUUGCAUUAUAACUUCCUCUAACUUCGGUUGGACGUUUCUGCACGAGAAACCUGGUCAAGUCUCUAGAAUACGCCGGACUUGCUCCAAGGGAAGUCCUCGAGCCUUGGGAAACUUGGCAGUUCAGGGUGAUAGUAACAGAAAAAAUUCAGCUGUAGGACAGGAAGGUAGUGCUCUUGAAGCCUUGGUACAGCUAACACAUUCUCCUCAGAAGGGGAACUGGGAGAGAGAAGCCUGACUACUUGGCCACAAUUGAUGUGGAUUAUGUAGUUGAAAAAUAUAUCCAUCAAUCGCCUGUUCGUUAUUUGGGGGGGCGAGUUCCAUCAUUCAGGUUGGAAUUUCUGCAACUCUUGCCAUGGACAUCUUUUGGCAGAUUUUCUCGUGCUUCCAACUUUAACUUUCUUUGAAAAGGGUGAACAGAGCCAACUUCGACAACACGUUACCUGCACAUGAUGGUCAAUAGCUGGAAAACGGAUGUCCAUGCCGGAAAGUGGUCUCGGGUAGUCUCUUGCAAAUAAUUUUAAGUUUAAGAUCAGACUUCACCCAAAAAUUUAUACAAGUAUAAGAAUUUUGAGCUAUUAAAUACGAGUAUCAUUUUUGUCAAAUUUGCCUUGUAAUUAUGUUUGCCUCAUGGUACUUUUCCAAGGUUUUGCAACGUAAUAGUUCAGUUUAGUUUAGUCACUUUGUUGCUGUACUAAUUAGUUGUCUAAUGUAAUAUACAUUGUAAUUAUGUUUACUCAUGAUAUUUUGCCAAGGUUUUGUUGA